AUGAGUGACCAAUCUAGGCAAGGCCGAGCCUUGUGGGUCACGCGCCUGGCCUCUGCCUUUCGGACUGCACUGGCCUGCUCCAUAGUGGCCUGUGCCACUUUGUACGGCCCGGCUUCUCUCCGCCACCAAGUGGCCUUUCCGGCCUUCUCCUAUCUCACCGCUAUCCUCAUCGUCACCAACGCCACUCUCGGCGACGCCAUCUGUGGCUCCUGCCUCGCACUCUUCGCCACGCUCCAGACCGUGUGUCCAGCCAUGCUCGUGUUUUGGUUCAUCGGGCCAACCAAAUUCUCACCCGUCACGACGGCACUCACGGUGGCGUUGGCCUCAGUGGUGGUGGUGCUGCAGAGGUCCACCCAAUUGCUGGCCAAAAGGAUUGCUCUGGGCCAGAUUGUGAUCAUUUACGUCGUGGGCUUCAUCGGAGGACCCCACACGGACCCUCUAAUGCACCCAAUCCACGUGGCAGCCACGACGGCCAUGGGCGCCACCGCCAGUGUCUGUGCCACGCUGCUUCCCUUCCCACGCCUUGCUUCUCUUCAGGUGAGAGAUAAGAGGAAGGCAGUGGUGGAGAACGCGGGGGAGAGAUUAAAGCUAUUGGUGAAAGCAUUCCUCACCGACGACGACAGGGUGGCUGCUGCCUCCAUAUCCAAAGCUCAGUUAUUGUCUUCUUCAGCACCAAAACUCCUCCACUCCAUAAAACAUUACCAAGAAAGCAUGCAAUGGGAGAGGCUUCCAUUAAAAAUUUGUGGAAUGAGAUGGUCGAGGAAUGACGAGAGUUUGCAAGAUUUAGGAAUGGGCUUAAGGGGAAUGGAACUAGCAUUGUCGUCCACUGCCACUCCUCCUUCUCCCUGGUAUCAAUUUCAAAACGAACUAGCGAUGAGAGAUGACGAUAUAAAUGCAUUGGAGAAGCACGUCGCCCUUGCCUUAAACCAAGCCAACAAUGCUUCUUUGCCGUCUGAUGAUCCAAUCAACGCCGUUCAGAUCAUGCCAACGCAUCAUAAUUUCUUCACAUUCUGCCUCAAACUCCUCCACAGUAAAUGCCAACUCAAACGCCCCACCAAAUUAGAACAACAAGUUCACGCAAAUUAUUGGAGGGAGAGGCUAAUAAUGGCAGCGCUGAAACUCGCAGUUUCAUUGGGCGCUGCGGUGUUUUUGGGGUUAAUGUACAGUGACGAAAACGGGUUCUGGGCGAGCCUUGCAGUGGCCAUCAGCUUCACUUCCGACAGAGAGCCCACAUUCAGAGCCGCCAACGUUAAGGUUCAUGGGACAAUGUUAGGAUCUGUGUAUGGAGUUUUGAGUUUUGUCGUUUUCCCAGGUUGUUUGGCCGGAAGGCUUCUUUGUCUUCUUCCUUGGUUCGUUUUCACCACGUUUCUCCGACACAGUACCAUGUACGGUUCCGCCGGCGGAGUUUCCGCGGUUGUCGGAGCUUUGGUUGUUUUGGGAAGAACAAAUUAUGGUUCUCCAACAGAAUUUGCUUUUGUGAGGAUGGUGGAAACUUUUAUUGGGCUAUCAAUUUCCAUCGCUGCGGAUGUCAUUUUUCAGCCAACUAGAGCUUCUAAACUGGCCAAAAUUCAGCUCACUGCCACUCUACGAGCGCUGCAAAACUGCAUCCGCCCACUCAGUUUUGGAUCAAGUGUUGAAGAUUUGAGAGCUUUGGGGAUUCAAGUUUGUGAGCUGAAGAAGCUCAUCGACGAGGCUGAGGCGGAGCCCAACUUGUGGUUUUUGCCGUUUCAGAGCAGUUGCUAUGGGAAGCUGUUCGAUUCAUUGUCGAAAAUCGUCGAUUUCUUGGCUCUGAGUACAGAGGCAAUGGAUGGUCUUAAGCAGAAUCUAUCAAUGACAACGGAGGAUUCGUGGGGAAAACUUGUGGAAACUUUAGACGGAGGGCUCGAGAAAUUUAAGGAAGUAGUGAAUGUGUCGGUGACAUGUUAUGCGGAUGUGAGUUCGUUGAAAUCUCUGAGAGUGCUUGAAAAGGAGGGCGAGAAGAAUGAUAUUUGUGGCGAUGUUGAGAUGGGAGAGCCACAGAAGAUUGGAAAAGAUGAAAUAAUGGAGAAGGAAAAUUUGAUUGUUUGUUUUCUGCAACACUCGGCAGAGGUUAUUGUUGAUCAGAGAGGUGCUGGUGAAGAUGGUAAAAGGGAAGCAAUUCUUAGUCUGAGGGCUUUGGCAUUUUGCUUAAGCAAUUUGAUGAGAGAGAUAGACGAGAUUGGAGAGGCAACUAGAGAACUGAUUCAAUGGGAAAAUCCUUGCUCUCAUGUUGUCGACUUCAAUGAAAUAUCAUCUAAGAUUGGUGUUUCACAGAAGUAA